AUGCACCGCUGUUUCACCCUCGCGCUCCUCACCCUGGGAGCAUCAGCCAACAGUGCCGGCCCGACCCGAAUCGACCCGGGAUGGCACCUAACAGCGCACCACCCAGACGGCCAAUGCGGUCAUGCCCAGACCGGCAUGCCAACCAUGCUCCGGGCUCAACAGCCAGAGUGCCCACCGCCCAUCGGCAAAGACGCAGCUGGACAUGACAGCCCCGGCGACUGGGCACCCUGGACGCACGCGCCCUACUGCGUCGCCAACUCGAGCUACUGCGUCUUGACCAACGCCGCCUUCCAGCGCGGCAGGGGCUUCAGCAUCGUCGCCGCGCCUCGUGCGCUGGCUAGCAUGCAGGCCCAGCUGGAGUUGGCCUUUGCGGCACCCGCGAGAUCCGCGGGGCCGCACCGCCAGCAGCAGCAGCAGCAGCAGCACCCCGGCCUGGCUCAACGACUCAAGCCCCCCCCUUCAUGGGAGGUCAAAAAGGUCCCCGGCAAGGGGCUCGGGAUGGUUGCCAAGCGGCGCAUCCCCCGCGGCGAGACGUUCCUGGUCGACUACGCGGCGAUCCUGGCCAGCGUCGAGUUCCCCGGCCGCGUGAGGCGCGCACAGGGCAUCGAGCUGCUGGACCGUGCCGCCGGCCAGCUUCCGGACCCCGAGAGGGUGCUCCGGCUGGCGAGGUCGAGCACGCAGGGUGCGCCCGUGGUGGAGGACGUCAUGCGCACCAACACCUUUUCUCUCGAGAUUGACGGGGAGACGUACAUGGGGCUGUUUCCGACCAUCUCGAGGAUAAACCACGCCUGUGGUCCCAACUCCCAGGUCAAGUUCGACCCGGCAACCCUCUCGCAAAAGGCCUUUGCGUCCCACGACAUUGAAGCCGGCGAGGAAAUCACCAUCAGCUACGCAGAAUUCGGCAUGACCUACCAAAGCCGCCAAUCGACCCUCCUGCACCGCUGGGGCUUCAAGUGCACCUGCGCGCUGUGCAGUGCGCCCCCGUCCGCCGUGGCCGCGUCCGACGCCCGCCGCACGCGCGCCAUGUCGGUGCGCGACGGGAUCCUGGCCGCCGUCGAGGCGGGCGAGCUGCGCGAGGCCAUCGAGCUCGGAAAACAGCUCGUCGACAUCAGCGCCCGCGAGGGGCUGGCGUCGGGCCUGGGCGACCACUACGAGGUCCUGGCCCGGCUGCACGCGGCGGUGGGGGACCUGCAGGGCGCGGGCGCGUACGCGCGGCGGGCGCUGGAGGAGAUGAGCGUCUUUGGCGGCAGCGAGGCGUAUGGCUCGUUUGACGAGCUGGAUUUGUUUGUGCGGAACUUGGAGGGGAGGGCGAGGCGGGGUUGA